AUGGAAAAAGAAGAAGAUUUAAAAGAUUUUUGUGUAAUAGAUAAUCGUGGUAGUGAUAGUCCGAUAGAUGUAUCGUGUGAUAACAUAAUUGAUAAGAAUGGUAAUGUGAUAUAUAAAAGUUAUAAUAAUGUGUACAAAUUAACAUAUAAGCACAUAUUUAAAUAUAAAAGAAUAAGCUGCAUUAGUACUGAUGUUAUAUAUGAUGAGAAUGGAAAUGGAUAUACUCCAUUAUAUCAUUAUUAUUAUGAUGACGUAAUUAAUUCAGAUACAAAUAAGGAAGAGAAUUAUGAGAUUAAUGAGGAAAUAUAUAAUAGAGAGAGUACAAAACAAGAAUGUUUGAAAUAUGAUAUGUAUGAAUUAUUAUUAUUACGUUUUUUAAAAUAUGAAUGUGAAAAUGAUGAUUCGGAAGAUAUAUUAAAUAAAUAUUGUUUUAUAAGAGAAAGGAAAUGUAAUAAACCAGGGGGGAAUAAAUAUAUACCUAGAGACAGAAGUAAUAAUAAUAAUAAUAUAGGAAAUAAUGUAAAUGGAAUGAAUAAUUAUGUUUUAUUAAAUAAUAAUAAUAUGAGAAUAAGGAACAUAUAUAACAACAACAAUAAUAAUAAUAAUAUUAACAAUAAUAAUAAUUUUAAUAAUAAUUUUAAUAUUCAUAAUAAUGAUAACAAUGAUGAUGGUUAUGUGAAGGGAAGACAUCGUGGAAAUUAUUUGUCAAGUUCAUUGAAUAAUAUAAAUGGAAAGGUUUUUAAAAAUUUAGAUGAUAAUUGUUAUAAUUUACCAACGAAUAAUUUAUAUAUUGAUAAGGAGGGUAAAAUGCAUUUAACGGGAAAGGAACAUUAUAAUGCAGCACCAAGUAAUGAAUAUAACAAUAAUAAUAAUAAGAACACAAAUAAUUAUAAUAACAACAGUUAUAAUAACAAUAAUUUUUUUAAUAACAAUUAUAAUGAUAAUAAUUAUAAUAAUAGUAAUAAUAAAGGAAUGGGAAAUAAAUAUGAUAGGAGUUUAAAUUAUUUAAAAAAAGAACAUGAUAUGGUUGAUUAUGAAUAUAAUAAUAAAGGUAAUAUAAGAAAAAAUGAUUCGGAGAAAUAUUGGGAUAAUCCACCUUUACAUUAUUCUAAGAAAAAUAAUUAUGAUAUUUUUACUUUGGGAGAUAUUAAAAAGUAUGCAAAAAAUAAUGAGAAGAAAGGAAAUAAUAAAUUUAUGAAUAUGAAUGAUAAUAACAGUAAUAAUAAUAUGAAUAGUAAUAGUAAUAGUUAUAAUAAUAUAUUUAAAGAUAAUGAUGAAGAAAACUUAACCAAAAGUAAUUUUGCAAAGUGGUUUAAGAAUAAUAAUAUGAAUGUUAAUGAAAAUACAGACAUAAUAAAAUAUCUGAAUAAUAAAAAUAGUCAAGGACAAUCAGAAGGAAAGAACAACAACAAUAGUAAUAAUAAUAAUAAUAAAAAUAAUAGUAAUAAUAAUAAUAGUAAUAAUAAAAAUAAUAUUUUUCAAGGUAAUAGUAGGAAUUAUGAAAAUGCCAUGUAUAAUAUAAAUAAUAAUAAUAAUAAUAAUAAUAAUAAUAAUAAUAAUAAUAAUAGUAAUAAUAAAUAUGAAGCUUCUUUUAAUACAGAUAAUAUAAACACAAAUAAUGGUAGGGAAGAAGAAAAAAUUAGUAAUACUGUUGCUGAAUUGUUAAUGAAACAGAUUUCUAUGAUUAAAGAACGUAAUAAAGGUAUGGAUGUUAUGGAAAAAAAAAAUACAUUUGGUUUUUUAGAUAACAAUUAUCAGAAUUAUGGAAGUAAUAAUAAUUCUAGUUUAGAAAAAAACAAUAUGAAAGAAAAUGAUAUAUAUUCAAAAGAAGCAAGUAAAAGAAUAAUGGAUAUUUUCAGAACAUUAAAUUCAAAUGGUUUAGUGUCACAAGAAUCAUUAUUGGAGAAUCAAGGUAUACCUAACAAUAAUAACAAUUACAAUAAUUACAGUAAUAAUAGAAAUAAGAAUCAAAAUAAUAUUAAUAUGAAUCAUAAUAAUAAUAUGAAUAAUAGUAAUAAUAAUAUUAAUAACAAUAUGAAUUAUUACAAAAAUAAUCAUAAAUAUCAUUCAAUGGAUAAUGUGACAUAUAAAAAAAACUUUAUUAAUAAUUAUAGCAAUAAUGAUGGAAAUAAUAAUAAUAGUAAUAAUAAUAGUAAUAAUGUGGAACAUUAUUAUAUGAAUAAUAAAAAGGCUUUUAAAAAUAAAAUUAAUAACUACCAUAAUUUACCAGAUAAUAAAAAUAAUAUCAUGAAUAAUAAUACAUAUAAUAAUAUUAAUAAAAAUAAUUUAUCUAAUAUGGAAAAUUUUCCACCAUCAUUAUCAUUUAAUAAUUCAGAUGUUAAUAAAAAUAAUACACAAGGAAAUAUUAAUAUUACUCCUAUAAUUAAUUCAAUAUUACGUUUAGAUAAUGAAGUUGAUAAUGUACACAACAAUUCAAUAUCUGAAAACAUACAGAAUGCAAAAGUAAGUAAUGUUUUAGAUUCAUUAAAGUCAUUAUUAAAAGCUUCAAAAAACGAAGGUAAUAAUAAUUAUAAUAUACCAAAAAAUUUUAAUAAUAAUAAUAAUAAUAAUAGUAAUAGCAAAUUUAUAAAUUAUAACGCACAACAAUUUUAUCCAUCACAUCAACAACAACAGCAACAAAUACAAAUGCAAACACAAAUAAAUCGUACUCAUUUGAACGAUUAUAAUAAAAAAAAAUUUAAUAAAAAGGAAAGGUAUCCAAUGAAAUAUCCUGAAUUUGAUGGAACUACAAACGAAACUAUGAUGGUACGAGAAAAGGCAGAAAGACAACUAGUUUGA